CGGCUCUUUCCGCGUUGGCUUUGGGAGUCCUCUUGCGUUUCCUGGAGAAACCAAGAAAAUGAAGGAGGAAAACAAAAACGAGGAAAGUCACCACCACUUCACGUAUCCUUUUGGUCUUCUUUGAAAUAUGUAUGAAAGAUGCUUAAAAGUGAAGAUGGCUUCUUGCCUGGAGAGCAAUUUGACAUGACCUUGAUCAGCAGAAGAGACAAUAAACAGAAAGAGGCACUGAAGAAGUUUUCUCUGUGUUUAGACCUUGGGCACAUUCCUGUAAGUAAGGUGAAUUCAACAGUCAAUAACAGAAGAGUGAGUAUCUUUGGAGAUCAGUCAGUGAUAAUAAAGGAUGAAAUUGGAAUGACCAGAAAUGUCUUUUAUGGGUUUUACAGUAAAUUUAACCUCCCACCAGAUGUUGACCCAAACUCCCUGAGCCUCAGUAUUUCAGGUCAACACAGUGUCACUCUCAGUGGUGAUCGGUACCAGCUAAAUGUCAUCAAUACCAAAAGGCUUUCUAAGUUUCCAGCACUCAAUACAGCGGACAACAAUGACCCUGUAGUAAAGCAAAAAUUGGCGUUUCUCGAAAACUAUAGUGAACAGAAUGUACAGCCGAAGACUGGAAGCCUGUCAAAUGCCCCUGAGCAGCAAGCCCCCGAUUUGAAGCCAAGCCCAACUGACACACUGAAAUUAGAAUACAAUUUACCAUUGCCUCAGGACACAGAAGAGGAUUUCCCACCACCCCCGCCAGAACUGCUAUACAGCUCCUCAAUGUUAGUAGGUAAAAAGGCUAGACAGCCCACAGGUAUAGUCCAACCACUAAUUGAUUUUUUUGAAAAUGAAAUCAAGAAUAAUUCACCAAACCCCACAAAGCCUGAACCCAUCCCAAAGGUAAAAGUGAAAAAAUUUCCAAGGGUAUCAAAGCGUUACCGCAAGUCUAAACGAGAGACAAAUAGUGUAGGAACACAGACUGAGCCAAUGCAAAUGUCUGACAUUGUCAAAUCCAGAAACGAGAAUAAGCAAUACAAUAUGAAAUCAAGUAAAGAAUCCCACUAUGGCACCAUGGGCCAGCUGUACAUUCCUUCAAACGAUAGUUACAAUCUCCGACAAUAUCCAGCCAAACAUGACACUAAAAUAUACAAAUCAGAGUUAAGAGAUAUUGUCCUGGAAACACAGGCUCAAGAUAAACGAUAUGUCAUCAGAACUAAUCCAGAAGCUAACUUACGAAAGGUCCAUCCAGAAAACAAGCAACGUAAGCCAACAUCAUAUCCUCAAGCCACACAAUUUGUACCUGUCAACCUAUCUCGAAGUGCACAGCGUCGUUCAGAACCCCAAUCACAAGCUGUAAAAGAUUUCAGCGAAAUCCGUGCAGUAAGUGAGGAAGAUUUCCUGACUAUCAACCCAAGCGACAAGAAUCAUAUUCCAAAAUCAUAUCUCCGUGGUAGGCAAAUUCCCCAGGAAAUUCCAUUAGAUAUGUGGAUAAAUUAUCUCAGAGAGCCAAACUGAAAUUGUCCAGGAUGUCAAAAGAUUCUCUACAAAAAUGGCCAGCAUCUUCAAGUACAAAAUAUUUCAAUCACCCAACGCUUCAUGCAAGCAAAUUCGUUUCAACAUUUCCUCCCCAGUGAGAUGACUGUCCAAAAGCUGAAUUCCAAAUUGUAUAAGCUCUCGGAAUAAUCUACUCUGAAAAUGAGCUCCUGGAAACAUCCUGGAACACAACAGUAGUGCAUGUCCAAAACAAAGAUUAUACAAGCAACCCCUUCAAGAAUUUCAAGAUCUCUCAAUGCAGCCAAUUAAAAGGUAACCCGCCCAACUAACGCCUGAAUCCGGCCUCCAAAGAAUUCAAAAUUUCUUGCACUAUUCCAAAGGCAGGAAUGAACUUUCAAAUGUCCAACUGCAAUAUUGUGAAUUUCUCCCAGCAACAACGCAAAUUAUUACCAAAGAGUGCAGCACUUUGCAUUCCUGUUUCUCCUACAAAAAUUGCCAUUCCACACAAUACCAUAUAUCAAUAUGUUCCUGUGCCAUGUCAUCUUUGAAACAUGUCUGUUCUCUGUAUUAUGUGAAGGAGAAUCUAACACAGAAGAGUUACCCCAGACUGUAAGCAAGCAGAAGAAAUCAGAGACAAGAAAAUAAGGCCAAUAGGUACUUAAAAUGUCUUUAAGCAUCAUUUUUGGAACUUCUGGAGCAGUUAGUUAAAGCAGUAACUGAUUUUACAUUGGUUUGAAGCACUGAGCAGCAAUUUCCUGUUAUGUA